UCCAGGCAUGGAUGGGAAGAAAUGCAGCGUAUGGAUGUUCCUGCCUCUUGUGUUCACCGUGUUCACUGCAGCUGGGUUGUGGAUUGUAUACUUUAUAGCCGUGGAAGAUGACAAGAUUUUACCAUUAAAUUCAGCAGAAAGGAAGCCUGGAGUGAAGCAUGCCCCAUAUAUAAGUAUUGCAGGUGAUGACCCUCCUGCCAGCUGCGUGUUUAGUCAGGUGAUGAACAUGGCAGCCUUCCUGGCCCUUGUGGUUGCUGUCCUGCGCUUCAUACAACUGAAACCCAAGGUUUUAAAUCCGUGGCUGAAUGUCAGCGGAUUGGUGGCACUGUGCCUGGCUUCCUUUGGAAUGACCUUGCUGGGAAACUUCCAGCUCACGAAUGAUGAAGAGAUCCACAAUGUCGGAACCUCCUUGACCUUCGGGUUUGGCACGUUGACCUGCUGGAUCCAGGCUGCACUGACGCUCAAAGUCAACAUCAAGAAUGAAGGACGGAGAAUUGGGAUCCCACGAGUCAUUCUGUCAGCAUCCAUCACUCUCUGUGUGGCCCUCUACUUCAUCCUCAUGGCCCAGAACGUCCACAUGCUUGCGGCGCGGGUGCAGUGGGGUCUGGUCAUGUGCUUCCUGUCCUACUUUGGCACCUUUGCUGUGGAGUUCCGGCACUACCGCUACGAGAUUGUGUGCUCCGAGUACCAGGAGAACUUCCUCAGCUUCUCCGAAAGCCUGUCAGAAGCAUCUGAGUAUCAGACCGACCAGGAUUACUGUGAAGGGAACAACUCAGAAACAAAUGGAAGAGCUGCAGAGGGCAGGCAGGAGCGAUGCAGGGGGCACCACGCCUCCUCAGGACACCCCAUCCACCCAGCACUGCAUAACCUGGAAGCCCUCUAGUCUCUUUGCUCCAGAGUUUAU